AUGGAUCAUCAAGAAGAUUUACUUGGUGAUCAUGAAAUUUUCCUUCAAGUUCAACUUUAUUUUCUUAAUUUAAUUUUGCCAUUAUGCAAUAAUAUUGGUUGGACACUAAUCAAUCAAACAACAGAUUGGCGUCGAGCUUUACUCCAACCCGAAGUUCUUUCAACUGUUUGUUACUAUGGUUAUCGCGAAUGUAUCGAUGCUGCACGAAGUAUCUAUCGACGAUGGUAUUUAAAUCCUGCUCGAAAUCCAAUACCGAUGAGUCUACGUUCGACUGUAUAUUGUAUGGUGGUUCGAGAAGGUUCUCACGGAGAAUUUGAAUUUUUAUGGAAUCGUCUAAAACAUGAACUAGUACCUAGUGAGACAGUGAAUCUAUUAGAUGGUCUAGCUUGUACAAAAGAUCGAUCACGAAUUGUUUGGGUUCUUAAUCAACAUUUGAAUAAUGAAUCUGUAAUUCGUGAACAAGAUAUGCCACGUUCAAUUAGUAAUGUAGCACGAUCACGAAAUAGUAAUCAAAUUACUUGGAUAUGGAUGCAGGACAAUUGGUCACAGCUAUUUUCAAAAUGGGGUAAAACUGUUCGACAACUAAAUGACUUUAAAAUCUUUGCUGAUUCAAUCACUGAUAAAGGUACUGUCUAUCGUCAAUUUCAACUUUCAUUAGAUAAAAUCAAUGCAAGUAUUGUUUGGAACAUAGAACCGAUUGAAAUCAUUGGUGAGAUAUCUGUAAUCGAAACAAUAUACAAUGAAGAUCGUGAUCUUUAUACCAUUAUUUUCAAUCGCAUCAUAUCGGUGAAUACACAAAUAAUGUUAACAUUUAAUUAUUUAGGUCAAUUGAAUAAUGAUAUAGACGGUUUGUUUCUUAGUUCCUAUGUACGAUCAUCUAAUCAAGUUCGGCGUUACUUCGUUGCUUCACAAAUGGGUCCAAUUUCAGCACGACGAGCUUUGCCUUGUUUCGAUGAACCUAUUUUUAAAGCAACAUUUUCAUUGACAGUAGAACAUGAACCACAAUAUCGUGCAUGGAGUAAUAUGCCUGUAGAAAAUCAAACCAAUCUAAGCAGUGGAUUAAUAUUGACUCGUUUUAAAAAAUCUAUACCAAUGAGUUCAUAUUUGUUGGCUCUUAUUGUUGCUGAUUUUGAUUGUUUAACUCGUCAUGACACAGGCCUUUAUAGAAAUGUUACUAUGAGUGUAUGUGCUCAACCAGAAAGAAAAGAUGAUUUAUAUUAUGCUCUUGAUAUCGCAACGAAAAGAAUUCAUGAUUUUGAAGAACAAUAUCAAAUCAAUUAUCCAUUGUCCAAAUGUGAUCAUAUUGCAGUACCAAACUUUGAUAUUCGUAAACGAACAAUAUGCAAUCAUUUUUUUUUGUCAAUUAUUGCUUUUGUUUAUUUAGCUGCCAUGAAAAAUUUUGGCUGUAUUCUCUAUAGUGAAACACGACUGCUAUAUAACAAUCAAACAUCAACAUCGCUCAAUCAACAACAAGCAGCAUUGAUCAUAACUCACGAAUUAUCUCAUCAAUGGUUUGGUAAUCUGGUUACACCUAGCUGGUGGAAAGAUUUCUGGCUAAAUAAAGCAUUUGCUGAAUGGAUGGCGUAUAUUGCUACGAAUAAAAUACAUCCUGAUUGGAACUUAUAUGAACAAUACAUUGCUCAACAGUGGCUUCUUAUUAUGCAAGAUGAUGCCAUUUCAUUUUCCCAUCCAAUUAGUAUGCAAAUAACACAGGAUAAACAAAUAAUCAGUAUUUUCGACUUGAUCAUUUAUUCAAAAGGUUCUUCAUUGGUUCGCAUGAUGCUUCAUAUUAUGAGUGAAAAUACAUUUAAUCGAGGCAUUUCAAAAUAUCUCAGAAAUCAUCUUUAUUCAACAGUAGAAAAAUUAAUCUUUGGCAAAUAUUAA